AUGGCUCCAUGGCUGAUGGGCGAGAAGUUCAACACGGUCUACCCGCAUAAGGGGUCCAUCAAGGCCCUUUGGGAGACCAAGUGGAAGUUUGCGUGUGAGAAGUCAGUUUACCCGUUCCAUGACGGAUCGAUUGAGGACUUCGCACCCAUCUUCGAGAAGUUGAUCAAGGAAAACAUCAACGACGCCUACGAAGACGCCUACACGCAGGCCUUCUUCCCCAUCGCCGAGUCCCUCGAGAAGCAAGCCAGCGAGGCGCUGACCAGCAACAACACCCAAUUGGCCUCGGAUCUCCUCCGCCGUGCCGCGGUGGUCUACCGGAUCUCGCGCUUCCCCUACGUCGACCCCAGCAAGGACGACAUCAAGAAGGAAGCCUUCGCCCGCCAGAAGCGCGUGUACCUGCAGGCGGCCUCCUUCUGGAGCCCCAAGAUUGAGGAGGUGAUCAUUCCGCACACCCAGAAAGCCGGCGGCGACGCGCCCACCGUCCCGCUCUUCGUGCGUACGCCCGAGCACGCCUCGGCCGCCAGCCCCGUCCCCGUCAUUCUGCUGAUGACCGGGCUGGACGGCUACCGGCCCGACAACAGCCAGCGCACCCACGAGAUCCUCAACCGCGGGUGGGCCGUUGUCAUCGCCGAGAUCCCCGGCACCGCCGACUCGCCCGCCGACCCCAGCGACCCGGACGCCCCGGACCGCCUCUGGACCACCGUGCUGGACUACAUCGCCAGCCGGCCGGAGCUGGACGCCGCGCGCGUCGCCGCCUGGGGCCUCAGUGCGGGCGGCUUCUACGCCAUCCGCGCGGCGCACACCCACCGCGACCGCCUGCGCGGGUGCAUCGCCCACGGGCCGGGCUGCCAUUACUUCAUGGAUCAGGAGUGGUUGACCCGCGUCGAUGAUCAUGAGUAUCCUUUCUUAUUAACCCCCGCCUGGGCCAAGAAAUACGGCUACACCGACGUCGCCGACUUCCGCGCCAACGCCCAGAAGAAGUUCUCGCUCGUCGAGACCGGCAUCGUCGACCAGCCCAGCACCAGACUUCUUUUGUUGAAUGGCGUCGACGACGGUGUCACCCCCAUCGAAGACUGUCUUGUCCUCUUUAAUCACGGCUCUCCUAAGGAAGGGCGGUUCUUCCCCGGGCUCCCGCACAUGGGGUAUCCGCAUAGCUUGCCGGUGUCGUAUAAGUGGUUGGAGGAGGUGUUGGAGUCGAAGCCUGCUAUGCUUAAGAAUUAA